CUUAACUUGCGCUUCAGUUGCUUGUGAAACGUCGGUUGUGUCGGUAUUGUUUUCUUUCUGAUUCUGUUGUGUUCUGAAAAGAAAAAGAAACUCAAAGUGAAGAAAACACCAUUUAAGGCUCUUGUUUAUGACAGCGGCAGCAGUGUUAAAGUGUGUAACGGAAUAAACUUGAACCCUUAGAAAAAUUACACUUGAAAAAAAAACGAAAGGAAAGCAAAAGUAAAAAAAAUAACAAAAACAAAAGAAAAUAAAAUCUGUAAAGACCAAGGAAUUUAAUAUCCUUUUGUGUUUCUGGCUGGAAACCGACAGAGAACAAGAAAACCCAAUACCCCCUUUUUAAUUCUACGAAAUACAAAAAUAAAUUAAAAGCGGGAGACCACCACUCAUCAGUUGAACUUUCGGUGAAGACAAAAAACAAAACAAAAAAACGCAAAAAAGGACAAUCCACCAAAGCAUAACCUAAAUCGAAUUUGCACACUAGUGUGUUGUUGUUGCUCUUGCCGUAGUCGUCCUUCUGUCGGUGCUGGUGUGUCGCCACGGUUCUUGGUGUCUGCUCGCCGUACAAUGUUUGUUCACAAACGUAGUGUUGCUCGUGGUGACGGAGGUGGCGGCCGUGCAUUGCCACUGAAUUUGCGAAGCAUGUUUGCGCUGUGCGGUCUACUGUUGCUGGUGCCACAAUUGGCGUCGUCAUCGAUACUGUCCAAGUUGAGCGAGGACCCCGAUUUGUCACAGACUGCAUCGCUAAGGAAACUAAUGCCUGUUAGGUUCUACAGUCUAUUGGAACAGAAUCAAAUUGCCAAUUCCACAUUAUCCUUGAGAGCCUGCACACUGUUUGUACCUACCAAUGAGGCGUUCCAGCGUCACAAGAACAAGGCCACUUAUGUCCUUUAUCACAUGGCCACCGUUGCCAUGACUCAGGAUCAAUUAACAAAGACCAUACCAUCCGACAUGGAUGGUAAUCCUCCAUUGUAUAUAACGAAGAAUCGCAAUGGUGAUAUCUAUGUGAAUAAUGCCCGCAUCAUACCGUCAUUGUCGGUGGAAAUGACCAAUAAUGAGGGAAAAAGACAGGUGAUGCAUAUUAUCGAUGAAGUUUUAGUGCCACUCACCCCGCUGCCCAAUACAAAAACGGAAAUCACCAAUCCAGAUGCAUUUCAAUUCUUGCAACAGUCUGAUUUACUUGACAUCGGAGAAGAUCAUCGUUUAAGAGUCUAUCGUUCGCAAGUAACUCUGAAAGGCAAGGAGAAUUUAUUCCAAUCACCUGGUGGUCAUACAUUCCUCAUACCAGUCGAUGAAGGUUUCAAGGCAACAGCCCGCAGCAGUUUGGUGGAUAAAAAAGUUAUCGACGGCCAUGUCCUGUUGAACAAUGUGAUAUUUACUGCGGCCGCACCCAUUGAAGUGCCACAGACCACUGCCGCGUUCGAGGAUAACAUAAAGGUUACCGUGACUUUCUUUAAAGAGAAGAGUGGCAUAAUGUAUGUGAAAUCGAAUACUUUGCUUGGCGAUAACAAACACGCCACCGGAGUGGUGCUGUCGGAAAUUGUGGCCGCCAAUAUACCCGUACGUAAUGGCGUUGUCCAUUUAAUAAAGCGUCCUUUGAUGAUUGUCGAUACGACGGUAACCGAAUUCCUGCAGGAGCACGGAGCUUUGAAGGCAUUCUUCGAUACAAUUAUGGCCAAUGGCGGUUAUGUUCUGAAUGACAUUAAAAACUACAGCAAAGUUACAAUUUUGGCACCCAGCAAUGAGGCUUGGGAAAAUCCUGCCAUUGAACAUAUUAGAAACAACACCGAGAGAAUGCGUGAAAUUCUGAAUAUGCACAUCAUCCGGGAUCCCUUGAAUAUUGAAAACAUUAAAGAGAAGAACCAGAACAUGAUUGCCCAAGUACCCACUCUGAGCAACCAUACCUUCCUGUACUUCAACAUCAAUGGCGAGGGCGAAGAUGAAGUCAUCACAGUGGAGGGUGGCGGUGUCAAUGCCACAAUUGUCCAGGCGGAUGUUGCCAACACAAACGGCUUCGUACACAUUAUUGACAAAGUUUUGGGUAUCCCCUCCACAACGGUGCUGGGCAAAAUGGAAAGUGACCCCAUGUUAAGCGACACCUACAAAAUGGGACAAUUCUCUUCCUUCAACGAACAGCUGAACAACACAAAUAGGCAUUUUACUUAUUUCGUACCACGCGACAAGGGUUGGCAAAAAAUUGAAUUGGACCAUCCCUCGGUGCACAAGAAAUUGUUCAUGAGAGAUUUUGCCUAUCAUUCCCGUGCUGUUUUGGAACGUCAUUUGGUCAUUGCAGAUCAAGUUUAUACCAUGAAGGACCUGGUUACCAUGUCAAAACAAAACGACUCGAUUCGCCUGCCCACAUUUAGAGAUUCACUCAAAAUCCGAGUUGAAGAGGAGGCUGGACAUCUUCAUGAUGAGUUUGCUUCUCAUGAAUGGAACGGCUAUGUCAUCAUUUGGAACCACAAGAAAAUCAAUGUCUAUCGUCCCGAUGUGGAGUGCAUCAAUGGCGUCAUACAUGUAAUCGACUAUCCCAUGUUGGAGGAGAAGGAUGUUGUCGCGAGCGGAGGUUAGACAUUUUAUAACAAAAAAACAAAGUAAACCACAAAAAACAGAAAAAUAACCAACUCUCCCUUCAACUCCAAACUGUAAACCAAUUAAAUAAAAAAUUGUCCCAAGCGAAAAGUCGAAGCGAAUCAAUAGAACCAACCACACUUGCCAUAAAGAACCAAGUAACGAAUUGAUAAAUAUCUAAAUCAAUGGAAAUUUUUGUUCGAAAUUUUGAAUAUAAUUUUGCUAGAAAUAAAAAAAUAUCGUGAGAUAUGUUUGAAUGUGGAUAACUUCUGGACUGGGAUGGUCAAUUGGGAAACAAAAUACCAACAUUUUUGGGGUGUCUUUAGAACACAUGUAGUCAUUCGAAUAUAUAAGUAUUUUUUAUUUUAUUUUUAUUUAUUUAUUUAUUUUUUUGACAAGAUAACUUCGGUUUAUUGAAGAAUGUGAAUCUUAUUCGAAUAGUCUCUUGGACAACAGAGAUAAAUAUUCCCAAUUGUUUAUGUUUCCAGAAUUACAAUUUUUCGCCAGAAUCGAAUUUUUUGAAACGCCCAAGCAAAAUAUCUUGGUAUAUUGUUAAAAAAAUAAAAAAAAAAACGUUCGACCAAUAUUAAUUAAUAUGAAUACCUAGUGUCUGGUUUUAAUAAAAAUUACUUCAAUAGUUCACCUUUUUUCCAUUAAUUAUCCACUUUCAAUCAUACUCCUCGUUUGCAGUUGUAAUCAUUGAAUAAUUUUAAUUUAAUUUCAAAUAAAUUAUUUAGCUUAAAUAAUAUUUCUUACUUUUUUUGUAGUAGCUAAGUAAAUAUAAAUAUUUAAUGGAACCCUUAGGGAUUGAACAAAAACAAAAAAAUAUAUAUAUCCAACUCUCCCCUCAAGAUAAAUGAUAAGCAAAAGAUGUGUGUGUAUAUUUUGCUCUCUAACUAAAACUACAACAAAAACUCAAUCAAAUGAUAAUAAUAAAAGUGAAAAUAAUAAAUAAAUAUUUAAUAGUUAAAAAAAAUCAAUUUCCAAUUAAAUAAAGAGGAUUAAUUUUUAAUGUAGUGUUUAAAAAAAAAGUAAAAAGCCUAUUUUAAAAAUAAAAAAAUAAAAUGAAUUACCACAGAAAAGCAUACACGCGCCCACCAAUCUUUCAAAAAUCUACAAAUUUAUGGCAAUAAAUUGUUUAUGUUUUUAUUUGUUUAGCUGGAAGAAUAAAAAUAAUACCAAAAAAAUAUUAUUUCAAUUAUCAAAAUCAGAAAUUGUUUUUUGUUAAAGUUUUAAGAGGAUCGGAGGAUGACAGGAUUUAGCCAAGGUAGAAUUGAUGGACAUUUCCAAUAGAAUAUUUGUUUUGUUUGCUUUAAAAAAAAUCAAAAUUAUAAAAUUCAGUGCUUUCCGUUUUUUCCUCUUCUUCUUGGUUUAAGCAUGUCUUACUUGAAUCAGAUUUUGUUUUUUAGUUUUUUAUGCUCUCCAAUCAUGUCUUUCACUUUCAUACAAACAAGAGCUUUUCCCCAAAUCGUUAGAAAGAAAUUUUUUGUCUGCAAUACACAUGCGCAUGAGAACACCUUGUAGUGAAAAAAAACGUCAAGUCGACACUUUGUUUUAAAUGUUUGUCGUUUUUCGACAGUCAAACACUCGUUUUUUGAUUUAAAACAAAAAUCAAUUACUUUCAUGUCAUUUCGACCAUGCCGGGAAUCUAUAAAAAAUAUAUAAUAUUUUAUAUGACAAUUGUGUUUAAAUUAGAUUGCCUUACGGAAAUGUUUUCAAUUUUCAAAAAAAAAAAAUUAAAAAAAUCAGAUUUUGAAAUUAUUUUGAAAUUACAAUCUUUAGGGUUGAAUUUAAAGCAAUCUAAACUUUUGACAUUUGUUAACAUAAAAUAUUGAAAAGAUUUACUGGAAAAUUAUCUCCCCCCCAUUUCAGGCUAUUCGUGAAUAUCACCCAUAUUUUAUCGAAUCCCAGCAACAAGAAAUAAUUUUUCAAUUUUAUUACAGGUCGUUCAUGUUAAAAUUGCCGUUAAUUGGUUCUGAAAAAAAACUUCAAAGUUGAACUCCAAGCUGCAGGCAGAAUAACUUUUGUUUCUCUCUCCCUCUAUAUGUCUCCAUUGUCUUAAUAGACUGACCAAAAACAAAAAUGAAAAAUUUCGAGCAGAGUCGGACAAUUUCAUUGGCAUUCUUUUCAAUUUCUUCCAAAAACAACAUUCCUCAAUUUUUCCUCUUGAAAUUUUUCCUAAAUGCAAUUUUACGAUUUAAAAUUUGUCGUUCUUUGGCAGAAAGAAAAAAAUUAAAUUCAAAAAUUAAAAAAAAAAUUGAAAAUAUACAUAUGUUAAAAGCUUUUCUUAUUGUUAAACGUAGAUGAAGUUACCAUAAACAAAUAAACCACAACCUCUCCUUCUAUUUUGGUAGUAGUUGUAGUUCAGAUUAAGCUAAAACAAAUUGUGAGAACAAACUAAAACCCAAAGAAUAAAACCGAAACCCAUUAAAAAUGAUACUAACACAAUGCUGCUACAUAUAUAUACAUACAUAUAUUGUAAAAUGAUGCUAAUCGCCCCCUACCCCUUAAAGGAAAACAAAUAUAUCUACAUUAAUUAAAUAUAUUUAUAAUAAUGAACAAAUUGCAUACAAACAAAACAUAACAAAACAUACAUGUAUCCUGAUAUACCUAUUGCUAAAUAAUAAGCUUUAAACAAUAACAAAAACCACAUACAUAAAUAUAUAAUAAUUAAUUAACAAUAAAACCAAACCAAAAAUAAUAUUUAAAAAAUGAAUUAAAAAUUUACAACUGAAUUUAAGAGGUAUCUAGAUCUAAUCUCCGUAGUCAGUAGUUACACGUUAAAGAUGGUCCCCGAAAUCUCCUCCCCACUCUCAGACAACAUGACUCAUCAAGCCCUGAGUUUGUGAGGUGGACAAAAUGUAGCUUAAAUCACAAUUUGCAGGAAAUUUAGAACAAAAAAGAAAUAAAACGUAAAAACAAAAACUAAAUAAAAAGUAGAUAGAUUAACGUGUAACUAGUGCCUUACUAAAUGUUUAACUCAAAUACCUAAGAAUAAUAAACAAAUCUAAUUAAAAAACAGAAAGAAAUAAAAACAAAAUACAACAACAAUAAAAAAAACAUUUAUGAAUUUAUUGGGAAUGAUGCUAGGGCGCCAUUUUCAAAGGCAAUAACCUCAUUCGAAAUUCUGUUGCAAAAUUUGAUAAAAAAUUUCUCAAGUUUUAAAUAUUUUUUAUUUAAUAAUGGGUGUGUCUAAUCUAAUUAAAAAAGAAAAUACAUCAUUAUUGGGAAUGGUGCUAGGGCGCUAUUUCAAUGGAAAUAAGGUAAUACAUAUGGUCGACAUUCUGUUGUAAAAAUUCAUUAAAUAAAACUCAAGUUUGAAUAUUUUUUUCAUUCAAUAAAGCGUGUUUCCGGUUUCUUUUCAUGCUGAAAUUCUCCAGCAGCUUCUUUUUGAGAGAGUAAAAUAGUUUUACAACUCUUUUGCUAAAAAAAUGAGAAAAAAGUAAACAGACGGGAUCCCAGCAAUAACUUGGAAGCAAUCAGCUGGUUUGUCAAAACGAAGCACGUAAAAACUAAGAAUGAGAGGAAAAACAAAACAAUCGGAAGUCUAGAUUUCCAGGAGGUAGAAUAGCUUCGUAAAACUACAGAAAUACAGACCUGAGGCUAUGCCCCCUUCCUGGUAGAAUUAUUCAAAAUUAUAAUAAAUAUGUUGUUGACAUUUUUUGUUCAUUUCUAAAAUGAGUCAAAUAACGCGAAAGAUAAAUGAAAUGUCUGGAUGUUCUCUCAAAAAUAUGAUCCUAAGUGUUCAAUCUUUCAAUUCCGUGGCAAAUGAGGUUAAUUUUUGUUAAAUAACCAACCAAUCAAUGUCAUUUAAUUCUUUAAAAAUUAUCAUUAAUUAAUUAAUUUUAAAAUAAUAUAUAUAAUGGAAAAUUCAACUUUAAUUUUCUCUUAAAAAUCUCUUUACAUUAUUUUGCUCAGCCCUAUUUUAAAACUGUUUUCCCAAAUAUGAAUUACCGAAAGGAGAAAGAGAAGAAUUGCAAGUGAUUGCAAACUCUCUCUGAUAGAAUCUCCUCUCGCAGUGUUCUCUUUUGCAAAAAGGUUUUGUUUUAACAGACAACUUCCAGUAAAAAUGGUAUGGUAUCGAGACUCACCUAAUAUUUUCUCAUCGAUAAUAAACAGCUUCAACACAAUGGCUUCAAGCAAUGCUAUUCAAAUUUGCAAAAAGGUUUUAUCAAAGGCUACUUUUUUUCUCGUGGACUUUCUAAAAUUCGCAAUGGGAUCUGCCAAAAAGACCUUUGAAUAAAAAUGCAAAUAAAGGUCACAAUUUGAAGGGAGUUCCACAAAUGCCCCUUUUAAAGUUUAAAAUCUUCCACUUGCCUAUUACGAGGAAGCUCGAUUUUUUAAUGUUCACCCAAGCGAUUACAUUCCCAAAAUAAUAAAUCAUAUUUUUAAACAUAAAUAAACGACGCCUGUCAUAACAAUAAUUACAACAAAAGAAAUGAAAAACAAAAACCAAACGGGAUUUAAAAUAAAUGUAUAAAAAAAAAACAAUAUUGCAGGCAUCAGUACCAAAAUUAUUAUUUCUUAAGGCAUAUUUAUUUACAAACUAUGUUUAAAAUAAAAACAAAUCUAAUGAAAA